AUGCGUUUCUCAAUCAUCACCGCCACCCUCAUCGCAGCAGUCGCCGCUCAAUCCCCCCUCGCCCUCGCCGCAGCCGACACCUCCUGCGCUGUCCCCGUCACCGUCACCGUCACUGUAACCGGAACCACCCCACACACCCCCGCCGCACCAACCAGCAUGUCAGCAUACUACCCCACCACCACCCCCGCCACUACCCCACUCGUGCCCGCGGCUUCUACAGUCGGCACAAUUGGUACGAUUGGUACGGGUGCGCCUACGGGGCCUGGUCUACCUCAGUUCACGGGUGCGGCGGGGAGUUUGAGGGUUGGUGGCGCGAUUGCUGGUGUUGCUGGUGUUGCUGCAAUGUUGUUGUAG